AUGGCACGGCUACUCCUACUCGCUCCGGCCGUCCUGUUGGUCUUUCUGGCAACGCUCGCAUGGAGCAUGCCCGCCUUCCCGCUCGAGGAGCGACAGCUCGGCGCUCCGCCGAUAAACGACUUCCGCAAUGUCUCGCGGCCCGCGAACAUGGCCGAGUACGAUCCCGACACCUGGACGUUGGGCACUCACUCUCUCGUCCAGAACGAAUGGCAGGUGCAGCCUUACGUCGCCAAUGGAUAUCACGGCAGCAGAUUGACGGCGGAGGGCCUUGGAUACUGGCGUAUUCAUAACGUUACUGGUGACACCUGGCCCAUAAAUGGCUGGCCCCUCGACAACCCUCGCCAAACCUUCGCGACGAUCGCCGGGUUCUGGGACUCGCAAAGAAACACUACCCGAACAAACUUCCCCGAGCUUCUCCGCAAGGGCGGCGAGAGCGUCAUCUCCGGAAUUCCCACCUGGACCUCCUUCGUCAUCGCUACAGCGGACGGGAAGCACACCUAUGGGCCUGGCGUCGACCAAAAAACCGUCGAGUACUAUCACCAGACAUUGUCGCUGAAGGAUGGCAUCGUCACCACCGCGGUCAAGUGGAGGCCCGUCGAGGACGGCCCAGUGUACGAUCUGGGAUUCACCGUCCUCGCCCACCGCGGCAGGCUCAACCUUGGCAUGAUGAAGAUCGACAUCGUCUCCUCCGACGGCUCGCAGCUGAUCGUCACCGACGUGCUCGACGGCCAGGGCGCGCAGAGGACCGAUGCCGCCGGCAAGGCGGUCGAGAAGAACGACGAUCUCAUCUGGACUGCCGUGCACCCGGACGGCAUCAGCAAUGUCACCGCCUACGAGUUCUCGACGCUCGACUUUGCGUAUGGUGCUCGCGCCUCCGUCGUCAAGGGCAGCCGCAGGAAUGCCGAGGCACGUCCGUGGGUCACUCGCAACGAUAGCACCAUCGCGCAGGAGUACACCGUCGAGCCUCGCAAGGGCCAGACAAUGACCAUCCUGAAGUACGUCGGGAUCGCGUCGACCGAUGCGUUCCCCGAUCCCAAGAAGACUGCCCGCGACGCAGCGUUCGCCGCCAAGAAGACGGGAUGGAAGAAGCUGCUCGCCGAGCACAGGGCUUGCUGGGAGGCCCUGUGGGAGGACGCCGACAUCGAGAUUCCCGGAAAGGAGCUCGAGGAACUGCAGAUCUCGGUUCGCGCGUCGUUGUUCCACCUGCUGUCCAACGUUCGCUCCGAGACCGAAGGCGAGGGCAUCGGUGACAACUCCAUCUCCGUCGGUGGCUUGAGCAGCGACUCGUACGCGGGCCUGGUGUUCUGGGACGCGGAGCUGUGGAUGCUUCCUGGGCUCCUGGUGCUCCAUCCCGAGCAUGCCGCUUCCAUCAACAACUACCGCACCAAGAUGUUGCCACAGGCGCGUGAGAACGCGAAGGAGUACGGGCUCGAGGGUGCCCUGUACCCAUGGACCAGCUCCAGAUACGGAAACUGCACUGGCACGGGUCCCUGUGCUGACUACCAGUACCACCUCAACACCGAUAUCGCCCUGGUCCAUUGGCACCAGUUCUUGACUACCGGAGAUAUGGACUGGUUCCGGGAGAAGGGCUGGCCUGUGAUCGAAGCGGUGGCUCAGAUGUGGUCGGGUCUCGUGGAUAAAGCCUUGACCGACGACGCCGACGGCUUGAAGAAGGGGAUGUACACUGUUAACAAUAUGACUGAUCCUGAUGAAUAUGCCAACCACAUCGACAAUGGUGCCUUCACCACUUCCGGUGUCAAGGUCAUCAUGGGCAUCGCCCAACAGGCAGCGGCGAUCAUGGGACUCAAUACCCCGCCGAAGUGGGCCGACGUCGAGACGAACAUGUUCAUCCCGUACAACACCGAAGCACAAAUCAUCCCCGAAUACGCGCAGAUGAACGGCAGUGUCGAGAUCAAGCAGGCGGACGUGGUGUUGAUCAACUACCCGCUCGAAUUCCGGCUGAACGAGAGCCAGGCGCUGAACGACCUCGACUUUUACGCGCGCGCGCAAUCCCCCGAUGGCCCGGCCAUGACCUGGGCGAUAUUUGCCAUCAGCGCUCUGGAUCUGUCCCCGCGCGGAUGUGCCAGCUGGACGUACUUCCUCUACGCCUCGCAGCCGUACCUGCGCGAGCCGUACUACCAGUUCUCGGAGCAGAUCCUCGACGACAUCUACGCCAACGGCAACACCAAUCCCGCCUUCCCGUUCCUGACGGGCCACGGCGGCUUCCUGCAGAUCCCAACCCACGGCUUCACCGGCUACCGUCCCCGCCUCGACGCCUUCUACCUCGACCCGUCCGUGCCUCCACAGCUCGAGGAAGGUGUGACCAUCAAGGGAAUGAAGCACCACGGCGCUAGCUUCAACGUGCGUGUGACCCCCGAGAACACGACGAUCACCCGUCGCCGCAUCACCACGCGCAAGCAGCCCUCGGGCCCGGUCACUGUGCGCAUCGGCUCCCGCAACUCUAUGGGCGGCGACUACCCACUGCUCCCCGGCGAGUCGCUCGUCGUCCCCACGCGGCGCCCAGACCUGAACGGUACCGACAUCCCCGGCAACAAGGCCGAGUGCAAGCUCGCCACAACCCUCGACGCCUACGUCCCAGGGCAAUUCCCGAUCGGCGCCGUCGACGGCAGCAACCACACGCAGUGGCGGCCGCACUCCGCUGCGCCCGCUGACCUGACCGUCGACCUCGGCGCGCUGACGGAUAUCAACGCCAUCAGCCUCAACUGGGCAAAGUGGCCGCCGAUCAGGUGGGCGCUGUUCGCGAGCAACGAUACCGCGCAGGAGAAGGUGUGGCAAAUGGUGUUUAAGGCAGAUACCGUGGAGAUCUCGGCGCCUUGGAGGGCCGAGGACGCGCUUAAGGUCGUUAUGCAGACCGGGAAUACUACCGUUGUACAGCUGGAGGAGGGGCAGAGGAAAAAGGCGAGAUAUGUUAAGCUUACGAUUGAGGGCGAUAGGAGCGGUGAGGGCCAUGGUGGUACGGUGGCGCAGUUGGGGAUUUUGUGA